AUGAUCCCCAACCCACGGUCUCCAACCCACGGUCCCCAACCCACGGUCCAACCCAUGGUCCCAAACCCACGGUCCCCAACCCACGGUCCCCAACCCAUAGUCCCCAACCCACGGUCCAAAACCUACAGUCUCCAACCUACGGUCCCAAACCUACAGUCCCCAACCCAGGGUCCCCGACCCACGAUCUCCAACCCACGGUCCCCAACCCACGGUCCCCAACCCACGGUCCACGACCCACGAUCUCCAACCCACGGUCACCAUCCCACGGUCACCAACCCACGGUCCAAAACUCACGGUCCAAAACCUACGGUCCAACCCACGGUCUCUCACCGAUGGUCCCCAACCCAUAGUCCCGAACCCAUGUUCCCCAUCCCAUGGUCUCCAACCCACGGUCCCAAACCUACGGUCCCCAACCUAUGGUCCGCAACCCACAGUCCCCUACCCACUGUCCCCGACCCACGGUCUCCAACCCACAAUCCUAAACACACGGUCCCCAACCCACAGUCACAAACCCAUGGUCCUACACCCAUGGUCCAACCCAUGGGCCCCAACCAACGGUCACCAACCCAUGGUCCCAAACCUACGGUUCAACCCACGGUCUCUCAACCAUGGUCCCCAACCCAUAGUCCCGAACUCAUGUUCCCCAUCCCAUGGUCCCCAACCCACGGUCCCCAACCUACGGUCCCCAACCCACAGUCCUCAACCCAUAGUCCCCAACCCAUGGUCCCCAACCUAUGGUCCGCAACCCGCGGUCCCCUACCCACUGUCCCCGACACACGGUCUCCAACCCACAAUCCUAAACACACGGUCCCCAACCUACAGUCACAAACCCAUAGUCCUAAACCCAUGGUCCAACCCAUGGGCCCCAACCCACGGUCCAACCCAUGGGCCCCAACCUACGGUCCCAAACCUAUGGGCAAACUAACGGGCCCCAACCCACAGUCCCCAACCCACGGGCAAACCAACGGUCCCCAACCCACGGUCCCCAACCCACGGACUCCAACCCACGGUCUCCAACCCACGGUCCUCCAACCCACGGUCCCCAACCCAUAG